AUGGGAGCCUGCACCUCUACAGCUGUGCACCUCUACAGCUGUGCACCUCUACAGCUGUGCACCUCUACAGUGUGCACCUCUACAGCUGUGCACCUCUACAGUGUGCACCUCUACAGUGUGCACCUCUACAGUGUGCACCUCUACAGAGUGCACCUCUACAGUGUGAACCUCUACAGCUGUGCACCUCUACAGCUGUGCACCUCUACAGUGUGCACCUCUACAGCUGUGCACCUCUACAGUGUGCACCUCUACAGCUGUGCACCUCUACAGCUGUGCACCUCUACAGUGUGCACCUCUACAGCUGUGCACCUCUACAGUGUGUACCUCUACAGUGUGCACCUCUACAGCUGUGCACCUCUACAGCUGUGCACCUCUACAGUGUGCACCUCUACAGUGUGCACCUCUACAGCUGUGCACCUCUACAGCUGUGCACCUCUACAGUGUGCACCUCUACAGCUGUGCACCUCUACAGCUGUGCACCUCUACAGCUGUGCACCUCUACAGUGUGCACCUCUACAGUGUGCACCUCUACAGUGUGCACCUCUACAGAGUGCACCUCUACAGUGUGCACCUCUACAGCUGUGCACCUCUACAGCUGUGCACCUCUACAGUGUGCACCUCUACAGCUGUGCACCUCUACAGCUGUGCACCUCUACAGCUGUGCACCUCUACAGUGUGCACCUCUACAGCUGUGCACCUCUACAGCUGUGCACCUCUACAGCUGUGCACCUCUACAGAGUGCACCUCUACAGCUGUGCACCUCUACAGCUGUGCACCUCUACAGCUGUGCACCUCUACAGUGUGCACCUCUACAGUGUGCACCUCUACAGCUGUGCACCUCUACAGCUGUGCACCUCUACACUGUGCACCUCUACAGCUGUGCACCUCUACAGUGUGCACCUCUACAGUGUGAACCUCUACAGCUGUGCACCUCUACAGAGUGCACCUCUACAGUGUGCACCUCUACAGCUGUGCACCUCUACAGAGUGCACCUCUACAGUGUGCACCUCUACAGCUGUGCACCUCUACAGCUGUGCACCUCUACAGUGUGCACCUCUACAGCUGUGCACCUCUACAGAGUGCACCUCUACAGUGUGCACCUCUACAGCUGUGCACCUCUACAGAGUGCACCUCUACAGUGUGCACCUCUACAGAGUGCACCUCUACAGCUGUGCACCUCUACAGCUGUGCACCUCUACAGCUGUGCACCUCUACAGUGUGCACCUCUACAGCUGUGCACCUCUACAGUGUGCACCUCUACAGCUGUGCACCUUUUCCAGGAUCUUAUCCUGA